AUGUUGUUGAAUCUCAUGGGCCCAAUUGGGCAAGAGAUUUAUAACACAUUCAUAUUUCAGUCUGUAAAUGACAGAGAAAAUGUAGAUGUGUUACUUAAAAAAUUCGAUGAAUAUUAUAUGUUUGCUGGAAAGAAGAAGUUACCUCAUGGAGAAAAUGUGAUAAAAGAAAAAAUUUUGGUGGAAAUUAAUGAAACUAAAUUUACCAAUAUUGCCAAAACUCUGAUACCAUCAUUUGUGUUUUCAUCUAAUUAUAAUGGGUUACUAUUAAUGGAGAUAGCUUUCAUUUGGAAAUGUUAUGACGACAAUGAUUUAUUGAGAGACUGCACAAAAUGUGGGUAUGAACAUAUUGAGAAUAACUGUCCAGCAUUAGGAAAACAUUGCUCAAAAUGCAAUAACUGGAAUCAUUUUGGUAGGAGAUGUCCAUUGAUUUUCGUUGAAAAUUGUAACUAUUGUGGUGGUGCUCAUUUUAAAAGAAAGUGUCCUGCUUUCAAUGAAACUUGUACCAAAUGUAAUAAAAAAAACCAUUUUUCUUGGAAAUGUCAAUCUGUUGUAAUAGAAUUUUGUCGUUCUUGUGGUAUGACACAUACUGCAUCAAAAGCAGUAUGUCCAGCUAAUAAUACUAUGUGUUUAUUUUGUAAUACAAUGGGUCACUUCAGUUCACGAUGUUAUAAAAAGCCACAUCACCAAAGGUAUUAA